CCGUCGCCCGCUCACCGCAGCCCGGCUCUCCGCUUCCCUCCCCGCCGCGUCCCCCGCGAAGAUGGCAACCGACGGGCUGCACGAGAACGAGACGCUGGCGUCGCUGAAGAGCGAGGCCGAGAGCCUCAAGGGCAAACUGGAGGAGGAGCGGGCCAAGCUGCACGACGUGGAGCUGCACCAGGUGGCCGAGCGGGUGGAGGCCCUCGGGCAGUUUGUCAUGAAGACCAGAAGGACCCUCAAAGGCCACGGGAACAAAGUUCUCUGCAUGGACUGGUGCAAGGAUAAGAGGAGGAUUGUGAGCUCAUCGCAGGACGGGAAGGUGAUCGUGUGGGAUUCCUUCACGACUAACAAGGAGCACGCGGUCACCAUGCCCUGCACGUGGGUGAUGGCGUGUGCGUAUGCCCCAUCGGGAUGUGCCAUUGCGUGUGGUGGUUUGGACAAUAAGUGUUCUGUGUAUCCGCUGACGUUUGACAAAAAUGAAAACAUGGCCGCCAAAAAGAAGUCUGUUGCUAUGCAUACCAACUACCUGUCGGCUUGCAGCUUCACCAACUCUGACAUGCAGAUCCUGACGGCCAGCGGCGAUGGGACGUGUGCGCUGUGGGACGUGGAGAGCGGGCAGCUGCUGCAGAGCUUCCACGGGCACGGGGCCGACGUGCUCUGCUUGGACCUGGCCCCCUCGGAAACGGGAAACACCUUCGUGUCUGGGGGAUGUGACAAGAAAGCCAUUGUGUGGGACAUGCGCUCUGGCCAGUGUGUGCAGGCCUUUGAAACACACGAAUCUGACAUCAACAGUGUCCGAUAUUACCCGAGUGGAGAUGCCUUUGCUUCAGGAUCAGAUGAUGCUACGUGUCGCCUCUACGACCUCCGGGCAGACAGGGAGGUUGCCAUCUAUUCCAAAGAAAGUAUCAUAUUUGGAGCAUCCAGCGUGGACUUCUCCCUCAGUGGUCGCCUGCUGUUUGCUGGAUACAACGAUUAUACCAUCAACGUCUGGGAUGUUCUCAAGGGAUCCCGAGUCUCCAUCCUGUUUGGUCACGAAAACCGCGUUAGUACUCUACGAGUUUCCCCUGACGGGACUGCUUUUUGCUCAGGAUCAUGGGAUCAUACCCUGAGAGUCUGGGCUUAAUCAUCUUCUCACAAAGCACACAUAGGUACCUGAGGAUAGAAUUUGAAAUCAUCACAUGUAACUAGAACUUACUUUUAGAGGAUCUGAGUGUUUAUUGCACCUUAGCUUACGGGAGCAACUCCAUGGCUGCAAGUUCACUAGGCGUCUCUACUAUUACCGUGAAAACUACCACCCUGGAAAGAAUCCACUGUGAGCCUUCAGCACCAGGAGAGCCCCUUCAAGUACAGUGUUUUUCAUUUUCAACGCUUUUUAAAAUUUAUCCAUUUUUAAGGUUAUUCUAAAUUAUUCUGGUCUGAGCUCAUUCUAUUACCAAUAGAAUUCAGCAUUUACUAUAUCCCAUAUUAUUUCCUUGAAUCAGAUUUAUUUUCAGAGCACUUUAAAAUCUGAUUUUUCUCAGUGCAUACUGUGACUUCUGGAACCUUCCUCUAGAAUUGGUGAUCUUAAUAGACUGUAUGAGAAGGACUGUGUUCAUUGGGCGGUCAUAGAAGAAAAUUUCAAUUCCAAAUGUAAUUGGACAAAAUCACUUUUUUUUAAAUGUGUUUUUAUUUUAAAAGUAUCUUUUUCAGUCUCACAUUCUAUUGUCUUUUUUCAGAUGAAACAUUUUCAUCUAUGUGACCUGUUAUAAAUGAAGCAGAAAUAUGCAUAAAAUGGACAGGAUGUUUGGUUUACGAAUUAUGUGAUGACGUGAUAGAUCACUGCUUCACUUGGACAGGACAUGUUCUUUCAUUUGAGGGAAAAGCUGAAUGCUGUUUGUGACACACAUGCUUCUCAGAGCAACCAAAAUCAUUCUGUGUGGGAACACAAGACAGUAAAUUUAUUUAAAAACCUAUUAGUAGUAUUAGACAUAUUAGGAUUUGUAGUAUCCACUCAGGCUAGAGUGGAUCUUGUCCAUAUAAAGUAUCCUCAUAUUUAUUGCACUGCAAAUAUAAUUACAUAUGCAAAUUAAUUGAUAGGUCUCGAAAUGAUAAUGUCUUUGCUUCUCUUAUAUUGAGAAAAAAAAUAACAUAAAAAAUAUCUUGUCUUUAUUUGAAAUUCAGCAGUUCCUUCUGGAAGAUACCAAAUGCUUUUGUUACAGGGUCUCUUCGUUUUGUUUUGUUUUUUAAGGUGUCGAGGCUUAUUCUUUGUUCUAGAAAACUCCUCAUUCAUCAAGAUGGCAUGCAUUACUUAGGGAAAUGAAAGGUCACUUCAGACACCAAAAAUCAUUCCCGGGUGAGGCUUGCCCUGUGGGUGGCCCGGAGUCUGACAGGCCAGGUCCUAAUGGUGCCCGAGGGCUGUGUGUGCCGAGUGCCCUGGAUCCUCUGGUCUCCUCUCUUGGCCCUGCUCCAGCCUGGCCCUUCUGCUGCUCAGAGAGGCCCUUUGAGAUCUGGGGCCAGGCACAGGCACUGGACAGGUCUGGACCUGGCGCUCCUGUAAGCAUCAGUGGGUGUGCUAGGCCCACCCUCAGAACUACUUUUCAGGUAUCAUAAUGGGCCAGUCAGUCAAAAUUCAGCCAGGCCAGCUUUUCCAUCAAUUCUUCUAAAAUAAACAUAAAGGUUAUAUUCAGUCAUUUGCCAAGCAAACAUUUACCAAGGGUUUUACUACACAGCAGGCCCUGGGCUAGAGAAAGCAAGAUAAAAGGCCCCUGCUCGCCUCCGAGGAGCCCAGAGGGAGGGAGGGAGCAUGGUCCAGAGGGACCAUUUUUCAGCCACCUUCUUUCCGUCCCCUAGUAGAUUCCAGUCUGGGCAGGGGCUCAGGGAAAUGGGCACAGAGUCUACCCCACUCCUGCCAGCUGCUGAAGGAGUCAGGCCCCAGAGUGUGUCCCAUGGAAUUCUCGAGCUCGGCUCCCAGAACAUUCCAGAGUUUGCUCCUGGUCUCCUAGUUAUGGUAUCGCCUUCCCUCUCUCCCAUGGACCCUUUUGUGUCUCUGCACUCUGACCUGGGCCUCCCAGAAGUGAAGGAAGACAGGGCAAAGGAAAAGUCACCUAGACUCAAGGGAAGCAAAUUCAAGGUUCUGUGUUUGGGGGGUGGAGAGCGUCUUCAGUACAUGUGCAGAAUAGCCCAUAACUUUACAAUCAAAGCAACUUUACGGGCCCUCUGCAAGUGUCCCGUAGCACCCUUGCUCACCCUGCGGGCAGUAAGCCACCGCCCCUGUAAGUAUGUACUCGCACAGUGGGUGGUGGUUAGGAUUUAUUGAAGAAAUACUUGGUUGGGAAUAUGCUAUACCAUGUGGACACUCAAGGGUAAACUCCAGGUAAUAAAUUGUAUUUUGCAUAU